AGCAGCAUCAUUGAUAACUUGAUAUGAUAUCUCGUCAAUAACUUGGUCGGGACUUUUCUGAAGCACCCUUCGGCAAUCUUCACAUGAAAUGAAUGCCUCUUCCCACCGCACAUCGGUGCUUGUGAAGCGUGAAAAGAUCUGCAAAUCUACAACAACAGUGUGAGCCUAGAUACUUACUCCAUUUUCUCCAUCUGUACAGAAUAUGGAUAGAAUUUUGCAUAUAAAUAUGAAUCUACCUGUCAUCCAGGUAUCAUCAAUUUCCUCAUCAUAUCCUACUUCGCACUUACACGUUGUUCAAAACUGCCUUAGACACUAUCCAUUGCACGACCUUCAAUCAAUACAAAGCAUCAAUCAUACCAAUUUUCACUAUGCACAACAAGAACAUUUUGGCACUCUUUGCCCUCACAACUUCUGUUCUUUCUGCCCCCGUACCGUCUUCUAAAUUCUCAAGUCUUGGCUCAGCCUUCGGUAACUUAAACGGCGAUGGCAAUUCUGUAGGCAAUGGAAAUAAGGGUAAUGAGAAUGAAAAUGGUGAUGGAUCAGGAUCGAAUAAUGGAAAUGGAAACGUUUUCGAAAACGAAAAUGCUAUUGGUAGGGGAAACUCCGAUAUCGACAUCUUAAAGCGUGGUUAUGGCUCAAACGUUAUGGGCAGCGCUUUUGGAAACUUGAAUUCUAAUGGUGGGGGCAACUCUGCUGGGAAUGACAGUUCCCAUGAUGGUAACGGUAAUGGUGUUAGAUCAGGAUCAUGGGAUAGGAAUGGCAAUACAUUCGGCAACGGAAAUGCUGUUAGGAGUGAUAAUUCAGGAAUGAGCAUUUCGAAGCGUGGAUCUGGUUCAGAUGUUUUGGGCAGUGCCUUGAGCAACUUGAAUGGGAAUGGCAAUGGCAAUUCUGCCGGAAAUAAUAACUGGGGUAAUGGAAACGGAAAUGGAGAUGACAGCGGAAGUUCAGAUGGCAGCGACAACAUUUUCGGAAACAAAAAUGCCAUCGGGUCAGGAAACUCAGGAUUCAGCAUCCUCAACAAGGUAAGGAAAUCAGAUACCCCUAUCCUAUCAUCAUACGUCAACGGUGUAUGGGUUGCUGCCAUCGAUCCCAUCACCAAUUCUCUCUCAUCAUCCGGAGAUGCCGCGAACGCUGUUGGCACAGUGACAGACACUUUAGGUGGUAAUUCUGGUUCUAAUACUGCUGGUUCUUCCAAUUCGGGGAACGGAAAUGGUAAUGAUAAUACGUCUGGUUCAAAUAAUGGAAAUGGCAACACAUUCGGCAACGGCAAUCAAAUUCUUUCCAAUAACGGCGGCGUUGAUGUCGAUCCCACUAUCAAUUUCACAUGAAAAGCAAUGAAUAAGCCCCAAAACUAACACAUCCACCCAUCAGGCACGUCGCCAAUUCGACGCGGCCGAUAUCAUCCCAGAUCAAACAGUCACCGGACUGACCAAAGAUGUCACGGUAGUCUUCAAAAGCUUUCACCCAACCGGUAUCCCUGGAAUCGUCAAAGGUGCAGCCACCGGUACCGAGUCAGAUUUCGGAAAGGGACAAAAUGAAAAAUGCCAAUUGGUGUUGACAGGCUUAGGUGAUAUUAUUGCACAGGAUGUUGCUGCCUACAUUCCCUCGAUGAGAUUUUGGGAAUUGGAUGAGCUUGCAUGUUGCAUGCUGUAUGAUAUGUACAUUAUCUUGUCUUUCAGCGAUGAAGUUGUAUGAUGUACGAUGUAUGAUAUAUGAUGGUGUGAUAAUUGUGGUGGGAUAAGUCUUGUACAUAAUU